AUGGAUGGGCAAUGGUGGCUGGCCCUAAAUAGCCACGAGCCUUAUGCUGAUUCUCAGCUGGAACUGCCAGGGGAUUGGACGACCCCUGACAGUCCAGAUCCUCUAAGGGUUAGUGUCAACCCAUCGUCCUACAGUGGUUUUCUUAAUGGAAACCAAAAAUACAGUCUCAAAGCUGGAAAGAGUUCGGCGGAUGGUAGUUCUAUUAAGUGGGUCGUUUCCUUUGUUUAUGCCCCCCUUAAUCGGAGGUACACAUGUGAGUUUUGGGAUCUUCUUCGAGCCCAAGCUUCUAAUAACCGUUACCCCUGGCUCUGUGUUGGUGAUUUUAAUCAAGUGGGUUCGAUGUGGGAAAAACAGGGUGGUGUGGAAUGUAGUAGGCAUCACAUUGAAGGUUUCCAAAAUUGGGUGUUUGACUAUGCACUGAUGGAUUUAGAGUUUAAUGGUCCUCUAUUUACCUGGUCUAAUAACCAAGUUGGCCUUGCUAAUGUCCGGGAGAGAUUGGAUAAAGCUUUUGCUACAACGGAAUGGCGCGAUUUAUUUCCCUAUGCUUAG